GCACGUGUGGAAGGUAAACAAACGUGAGGGAGAAGGAGGUCCUCGCUAACUUCCAUCAUUUUUCUUCGGGAUUUAGGGUUUUAGUCUUAUUUCUCGCUUAGCUGAGGCGCUGGAACAUUGUAUAAUGGAGGUUAAAACAAAAAAUGCAGCUGAUGAAACAGCAGAAAAGAAGACUUCCGUAGCAGUGAAAAAGUCAAGUCCCCUGAAGAGAAAAGCAGAUGAUGCAACCACCACAAUGGAGGUUGAGGAGGAAGGAGAAACGAAGAAGCCCCAUUUCCCCCCAGCCAAGAAGGAGAAGCUCGUCGACUCAGAAAUGAGACGAGUCUUCAUCCCUCCAAACAGAUACACUCCCCUGAAGGACAGUUGGACAAAAAUAUAUUCACCUCUCGUAGAGCACCUGAAACUUCAAGUUCGCUUCAACUUAAAGAAUAGAAAUGUUGAACUUCGUACGGGCCCAGAAACAGAUGAUCCUAACAGCAUUCAGAAGGCAGCUGACUUUAUACAGGCAUUUGUUUAUGGUUUUGAUGUCAAUGACUGCCUGGCACUUGUGCGUUUAGAUGAUCUUUACCUUGAGACCUUUGAUAUUAAAGAUGUAAAACUGAGUCUGCAAGGUGACCAUCUCUCAAGAGCAAUUGGCAGAGUAGCAGGCAAAGGGGGCAAAACACGGUUCACAAUUGAGAACGCAACACGCACUCGUAUUAUUCUGGCCGACUCAAGGGUGCACAUCUUGGGAUCUUAUCAGAAUAUUCAGAUCGCUAGGAGAGCUAUCUGCAACCUCAUUCUUGGGAGUCCUCCUUCCAAAGUUUAUGGCAACUUGAAAGCAUUUGCAGAAAAAUCACGAGAUCGGUUUUGAGUGUGUUCUUCAUAUAGAUUAAGUGGAUGUGUGUGUGCGUGAAGAUCAUUAUAUUGUGUAUGGUAUUACAUGAAUAUUUUGUUCAUGUUUGCAUCUCUCCUUUUCACAGAGGAAACCUUACACAUAUUCCCAUGUGGUUGUUAUUGUUAAGCAUCCCAAUGUGAUAUUUCGUAAGAGAUACUUUAUAUAUACUGAAAGUAUUAAAUGUAGAAUGUUC